UACAAUACUUUUGUGCCAGUACUUUCAAUCAUUUCUCAGCUCAUAGAUGACCCUAAAGAUGUCAAAAUCAAACUUGAAACCCAGUCUUUCAUUUAUCGUGCCUUUCAGAUCCUUGAUAUAGAUAUACCAACAAAUCAAGAAUAUUCACGUUUUCUACUUCUGUUCAGAUCAGGCAUUGUCACAUGGGGUGAAUGUUUUCUAGUGGGUGGAUCACUGGAGAGGGUCAUGCUUUCCCACCAACAUAUACCUGUGGAAUCAAGUCAUCUUAGGUUUGUUCAUUGGAGUUCCUUGUUCCCUGGGAGAUUUAUAAAAGGACAUGUUUAUAAUAAUCCAAGUUAUGGUAGUUCCUAGGUAUCUAAAAAAAUCUAGUUUCCUAAAUUUGAGAGCAUCCCCUUAUUGGAUGAUGACAACAAGUUGCAUAGUUUAUCUCGGACUCAUGUCAUGACCUGCCAGUGUGAUGUCUUAAGAGACAAUGGACUCAUGUCUGUCGCCUGACUUUGAAAGGCUGGCAUUCCACCAUGGCAUUCCGUGGUGACCCACUACCACACUGAGGAUAAGUUCCAUGGAUCAUUUCUCCUUUCAGAAUUUAAAAUUAGUCACAGGAUGGCAAAUCAGUAUAUAAGUUGGCUAAGUGAAAAUCUAUAGCAAAAUAUGUAUCGAUAUAUUUUAUAAACAAAGUAGAUCUCAAGACAUCAGAAAAUCUAGAUGUUAGAAAUUUUGCCUUUCUUGGAAUGGUUUGUAUAAGAGGGUUUAUAUUAAACGCAGUGAACAUGUAGGCUCGAUCUGUGGUUGCAAAUUAGACAUCCCUGUAAUGUACACAAAAAAAAGUCUGUGUUGAUGUCUUUGAAAUAAACUCUUAGGUUCAUACAAACCUGGUACUUGCUGUUGUUCCACCUGCUUCUUCUUCAUGGGUGACAGGCAAUGAAGCUAAUGUGAACGUUUGCAAACAAAUGUCUUAUUGACCAGAGAGCUGACUACUCAAAUAUCAACCAUGGCAUUGUGACAUUUAAUACAUAUUCUCUUUGACAAUUAAAGUCAUGGGGCGGGGCACAAACAAAUAAGAAGAAUGGGCCAGAGAGUUAAUUUAUUGACAUUUGGGAACUAACGUUCUGAGAAUUUCAUUAUAUCUUGUUAAGAAAUGAUAACAUUUUCACACCAGUUUAAUUUUUUUGCAAGAUUUAAUGGCAGUAAUGCUAUUU